GCUGGGGCAGGGGGACGUACAGCAGCGUGAGGAGCAACCAGAGGAGCGUCAGGGUUGUUUGUGCCGAGCAUCAGAGAGGAGCUUCAUCGGCAUCUUCAGCGUCAUCCAGCGGCUUGUUUUCAGAAUGUCCCGGUUCAUUUCAGCACUAUGAAGUCUGGUUGUAUCGUAUAGAGAAAACAGGCUCACACCAUGAUGUUGCUGACUGGGGUGAUGUCCUGCAGUGGUUUUCAAAGUGGCGGCCGCCAGGGGGCGCUAGUUGGUUCUCCGAAAGGCCCGGCUGCAGCGUCCUUCAUCAUGACAAAAGAAGAAAACGUGCAGGAACAAGAGAAGGAGAGGCAUGACCACGAGGAGCAGGAGGAGGUGAGGGUUCAGAGGGAGGAAGAGGAGGAAUUGACUGAGGAGGAGGAAGAGGAGGAAUAUGAGCUAGAGGAGGAGAGGGCAGAGGUGGAGAACGAGGAGGAAGAUGAGCAAGAGGAAGACCUGGUACAGCGAGAGGAGCAGGAGGAAGAGGAGAAUACUCCUGCUGAACCAGUGACUGAACCGAUCACUGCGUCUGAGUAUCAGAGUCCGGUUCACGACCCGCCCCGCCGAGCCAUGGUGCAUCCCUCGGCCCAGGCGCCGCUGCCCAAAGACUACGCGUUCACCUUCUUUGACCCCAAUGACCCGGCAUGUCAGGAGAUCCUCACGGAUCCUCGGACCACCAUCCCUGAGCUGUUUGCCAUCAUCCGUCAGUGGGUCCCCCAGGUGCAGCACAAGAUCGACGUCAUUGGAAACGAGAUCCUGAAGCGUGGUUGCCACGUCAACGACCGCGACGGUUUGACCGACAUGACGCUGCUUCACUACAGCUGUAAGGCUGGAGCUCAUGGAGUGGGCGACCCGGCAGCGGCGCUGCGACUCACCAGUCAGCUGAUCUUGCUCGGUGCCGACGUGAGUCUGCGGAGUCGAUGGACCAACAUGAACGCGCUGCACUACGCCGCCUACUUUGACGUCCCUGAACUAAUCCGAGUCCUCCUCAAAGCCUCCAAACCCAGAGUGCUGAACUCCACAUGCAGCGACUUCCACUAUGGUACAGCUCUGCACAUUGCUGCCUCCAAUCUGUGCCUGAGUGCUGUCAAAUGUCUGCUGGAGCACGGCGCCAACCCCGCCGUCAGGAACGAUAAGGGCCAGGUUCCAGCUGAGGUGGUUCCUGACCCAAUGGACAUGAGUCUGGAUAAAGCUGAGGCGGCCAUGGUGGCCAAAGACCUGAAGCAGCUGCUGCAGGACGCUGUCCCACUCAGCUGUAACCUUCCGAAGGCCACCCUGCCGAACUAUGACAACAUUCCUGGAAACCUGAUGCUGGCAGCGUUGGGCCUGAAGCUGGGAGACCGCGUGGUGCUCGAUGACAUGAAGGCACGACUUCACUGUGACAACAAUUUGGUUCUGACUGGAACCCUCAGGUUCUGUGGAACCACUGAGUUUGCCAGCGGUCAAUGGGUCGGUGUGGAGCUGGACGAGCCGGAGGGGAAGAAUGAGGGCAGUGUUGGCGGCGUCCGCUACUUCACGUGUCCUCCUAAACUCGGUAUUUUUGCUCCUGUUUCAAAGAUUUCCAAAGCUGUGGAUCAGACUCAAUCAUCUGUCACGUCCACCCCCAGAACUCCCCGCAUAGAUCUGGCCUCCCGUCUGGCCGGAAGGACCAAGAAGGAGAAAGAGAAGAAGGAGAAGGAGAAAGCCCAAAAGAAGAAGACAUCUGUGGCCAGUCUGGAUCCAGAGGGAACAAACGUGGAGGUGGGAGACCAAGUUCUGGUGGCGGGUCAGAAACUGGGAAUUGUUCGCUUCUACGGGAAAACGGACUUUGCUCCAGGUCACUGGUUUGGUGUCGAGCUGGAUCAGCCUACUGGGAAACAUGACGGCUCGGUGUUCGGGGUCCGAUACUUCAGCUGCCUACCCAAAUAUGGAGUGUUUGCUCCACCCUCCCGUGUCCAGAGGAUCGGAGGACCUAAAGAAGGCUCAGAGAAUGACAGCUCCAUGGUGAAGAAGGUUCAUCAGGUCUCCAUGUCCCAGCCGAAGCGAAACUUCCACACAAUGCGAUCUCCUAAAGACCUGACCUCUGAGAGCUCCAUAUCCAGGUUGUUGUUCUGCUGCUGGUUUCCAUGGAUGCUUCGCGCUGAGAUGCAGUCCUAACCACGCCCCGCCCUUCCUAUCGUUCUCCUCCACCGGAUGGAUCUCUCGGCUCUACUUUCUCUCCAUCGUUCUGUCCCUGAACUCCUUGUGGUGAAACUCUCUCAGCCCGAUUCCUCCUAAUUUAGUCAUUCUAUAGCAAAAUCUAUAGUGCCUUGUAUCUGAUUGAAACGUCCUGCAUUCCUUCAAUUAACUGAGAGUCCAGCGCAGAGGGAGUAAACCCUCUGAAAUCCGUCCUCUUGUUCUGGCGCCCCCUACUGGUCUCGGACUGUCAGUGUGUUUGUUUCACCUCCACCUCGUGGUUUUGUUUUGCUGUAGCCGGCUUCGGGUCUGUGCGGUUUGGAAAGUCCACAAACAUGUUCGGCAUUAGAUCACCUUGUUUGGUGAUGAUAUCGGACCCACAGAUGGCUGUUGAUUUGUUACUUUUGGUGACAUUUAAACACCAUGUGUGCAUCAUUUCUUACUGUGUCCUCCAGGCUUUAAUAUCUGAUCAGGAAACAGGGUUAAUCAUCUCCAAAACUACUUAUCUUCAUAUGGGGGUCACACCUUUUAGGUAUGCUGUUCAGAGGUGAGACAAAUAAUUUCUGCAGAAAAUUCAUCUAAAUUUUCUUCUGCAAACCUACAAAGACCAAGUUUCAGUUAGUUUAUUUUGUUUCACAGUUAUAGCAGCUGAACGGUAGAAAAUAAUUUCAUGAUCAGUGUCUUGUCAUGUAAAAACUGUUACUUUAAAGCUAAACAUUACUUUAAAUAUGGAUCUUAAAGACAGUCAUUAAAUGAGCCAAACAUAGUUUCACAAUCUAAACCCUAUUCCUGAUCAUCUCAAAAUAAACCUUAUUAAUAAUGACAAAUAAUUCUUUAUCCAGCUUUGUCUCAACUCAUCAAACAGUUUUCAAACAUCUAAAAAGGUUUCAUGUCCUCACUUUAGGAUAAUCUUUUGAAGGAGGCCAUGAUUUUCCCUUCUUUAUGCUUCCAUUUCUCUCAAGCUUCUCCUGGUUUUGAAUCUCUGCUACUAAUACAAACAGGAACAGCUUUAAAAUCCCAUUUUCUUAAUAUCCUUGAAUGACUCACGAUGCUAAUAUAAUAAUAUAAUCGUUUUGAAAAUGUUCUCAGUAACGUUCCAGCAAUGUGGGCCUGUUUUCCCUCCAUGCUUCUCAGCCUUACCUGAUGGAGACAUUGUGGUUGCUGUUGUACACAGCUCUAGAUAACCUUUCUGUUUGUACAAUAAGCUUCAACAGUUUGCUGAUUAUAAUCUGCGGGGCUUCUGCUUACAUUCAUCAUGUGAGCCCAACCAACUGCAGAAUUUAAUGUUGGAGCUCUGCACCAAAAUGAGAUAACGGGUGCUGAAACGGGGCAGACCGGAUGUUAUCUGAUCCAAUAAGGUUGAUCUAUUAACUUUGAGUUGAUGGAUACAAGCAGUUUGUCGUUCCAGUAGAAUAGCUGCUAUUCUGUAUUUUCACAUAAACAAAAUGUGAAAGAAUUCAUUCCACCAGAUUCUUUUGAAGAUUUGGCCUUAAACAUUUUUGCUGCAUGGUUAAAGCUUAAGGUUGUGACACUUUUCUGCCUAAAAAAUAACUGAUCCAAAACUCAACAGACACGCGUCAACAGACUGUCUCAGACGAUAUGCAGACGACUCCCUGCUUUACGUUCCUACUCUUUUUGCUUCUCUCAAUCCACCCCAGAGCAUAAGAACCUGAAAUUAAUCCACACAGUACAUAUGUUCCCCGUUUUAGUUCACCCACUAUGAUGUUUUGCCACAGUCCAGCUGUGUAUAAACCUAAUGCUAAACAGAUCUACUCUGUCAUCUAAGCUAAGCAUUAGCGUUUGUGGGCCACAGUGAUGGUGGAAGUUUGUCUUUGUACAGUAAACGUGAAGUUACAGUACGGUCAAUGUGUCCCAGUGAAUCCACUUCACUAUCAACUUUGUAAAUGUGGAGUUUUUCCCUGGUUUGGCCACCAGGUGUCACUAUAAUCUCGAUUUAACCUAAGAACUUUGCAUAACUGUUCAUUUAUUUGCUGCUUUUACCAGCUCUGCCACUGGUUCAAACUUGUUCAGUUCUGUAACUCCAAACUGUAAACUUUACCUUCCUGCUGUCUGGUUUUAAAAUAUUUCCAGGUCCAUUUGAGUAUUUUCAAACAGAAUUCCCUUAAUUGAAUCGGAAUCUGUAUCUAAUUAUAGCUGGGAUUGAACAGUUAACACUCAAUUCAUUUUAACAGCAAACAGGUUCAUUUCUACCCAGAUAUAGAAAAAUAUGAAGAUCUUGAAAAAUAUAUCGAGUCUUUAAGUAAAGGCAGCUGGACAAACUCUACAUACUUUAAAGAUCUCUGUAAAUAUUGACAACUGAGCCAGCAGGAAAGUAAAGUAUUAAUGUUCCUUGGCUGCUGGGCUAGAACCAUCAGAACCUCUGGUUCUGUCCUGGUAACGUCUGUCCCUCUUACAGGAACUAACUCAGCACUGGUUGUUUCAUCAUGAACAAGUCUUAAUGAUCUACAGUAUAUAGCCUAUAUUUUGAUAACUUCACUAAGUGUACCUUUGUUUUCGUAUUUUAUUAAUUGUGUGCUCGGUUACAGCCUGUGUGAGUGGGUUGGCCCUGUUUGGUGCCGGUUCCUGACGCUAAAACAGGAGAAAGAAGAUGACUCCUAACAGAUAAAGUCACUGCAUGCUCUCUGCCUGUAACCUCCUUCAGUAUUUUCUUAUUGUUGCAUUUUCAGUCUGUAUCUUCUUCUCAUCAGCAUGAAAAUGCUUCAAAUAUUAACUAUAAACAUAAUAAAGAAUUAGAUGGUUUUUUUUCUAA